AUGUUUGGCUGGCAAGCUGCGAAGGUCGCUGUCGAGGCUGAAGGUAUCUACAUUGGAGGAUGGGGUCUGCAAAACGUUUUCUGGCCGAAGCGUAUGGAUGGUCACCACGCAAGUAGUCAGGAUAGAAUCGAGCAUGUCGUAGCUAUCCAGGAUUGGGACGCAGACGAAGAGCGUAAGCUUGUGAGGAAACUUGACGCACGAGUUCUGUUCCCUUGUUGCAUUAUAUACUUCCUGGCAUAUCUUGAUCGAGCGAAUAUGGGGUUUGUGAACGUGCUCCAAGCUGGUAAACCUAGCAGCUUCGAGGAGACCUUACAUCUCAAAGGGGCAGACUUCAAUUGGGCUGUAUCCGUCACUUACUUCAUGGUCACCGUCCUCUUGAUUCCAUCGAAUCUCCUAAUGAAGAAGUUCUCUGGGAAAUUUUACUUUCCAGUGAUCAUGAUUCUCUGGGGCACAAUUGUCAUGUGCAUCGGCGCAGUUCAUAGCAAAGCCGGCUUGCUUGCUGCGCGCUUCUUCCUUGGGGUGCCUGAGUCUGGCGUUGUACCAGCCUGCAUCAUGUACUUUUCUUUCUGGUACAAGCCACAUGAACGAGCAUGGCGGAUUGGUAUCUUCCAUGCCGCAAACUCCCUUGCAUCUGGCGUCGGAGGCUUCCUAGCUGUCGCGAUCGACCAUCUUAAUGGAAGAGCCGGACUAGAAAGUUGGCGUUGGCUAUUCAUCAUCGAAGGAGCAAUGCCAAUCGUUUGCGCAGUGCCCGUUCACUUCCUCCUGCUUACUUUCCCCGAAGACUCGAAGGCAUUGACGGAGAGAGAACGUUACAUUGCCAUCAAUCGUUUCGGCCGAGGUGCCACCCGAAAGACAGACGUAACAUGGGACUGGCCAGCAUUUUUCAAUGUCAUGUCUCGCCCAUCAACAUACGUUUUCUUCGUGUCGUACCUAUGUUUACUCAUCGUUGCUGUCGCACUUGGGACCUUCUUACCAACCAUCUUGAAAGUCUUUGCCAAAUUUAGCAGUACUAAAGCCAACGAAUACAGCUCAUCGGUCUAUUUCGUGGCGAUUGUCGUGUAUGCCUUCUGGAGUUGGCACUCUGACUGGACGCGGGAGAGAAUUUGGCAUUAUAUUAUUCCGGCAGCCAUGGCUAUUCCGUGCUUCGCGAUCUGGACCCACGUGGCAACACAAAAGAGCUUUGGCAACAUAACACCAAUCCAACUUUAUGGGUUGGCGUACCUCGGAAAUAUGGUCUCAAUUGCGCAGCCAGCAGCUCUAGCGUACCGAACGUCAACACUGUACGGAGCGUCUGAGCAAGCUAUCGGGGGAGCUACCGCCAUAGCUUCGCUAUCGAUUGCAAGUAUCAUCGGACCUCAGAUUUUCCCGAGCACAGACGCUCCUUGGUACUUGCCGGGCUUUGCUGCUGCGUCCUCCACCAUUGCAUUCACCAUCAUCAGCUUUGCAAGCUUACCGUUGUGGCUGAUGUGGGAGGCAAAAAGACGUAAAGCAAAGACUGGGCAUGCCAUGCCUCUACGAGCUAUGGAAGACGCAGAACAUAGCACCAUUUCGGCCGCCAACCUCGCCCGUCUUUAUGAACAAAAGGCAUUGGAGGAAAAGCGAGUGCUGGAUCUGGAAAAGCCUCGCCAUAUUGAAGAGAUCGCAGAUACAAAGAGUUGA